AAAGCUCCACUUUUCAUUCACAAAUGGCUCGUACCAAGCAAACAGCUAGGAAGUCAACCGGCGGCAAAGCUCCACGAAAGCAGCUAGCCACGAAGGCCGCUAGGAAGUCGGCUCCGGCGACCGGAGGAGUGAAGAAGCCGCACCGUUUCAGACCAGGAACUGUGGCUCUGAGGGAAAUCAGGAAAUACCAAAAGAGCACCGAGCUCCUGAUCCGAAAGCUUCCGUUCCAGAGGCUUGUGAGGGAAAUCGCUCAAGAUUUCAAAACCGAUUUGAGGUUCCAAAGCAGCGCCGUCGCUGCUCUUCAAGAAGCUGCCGAGGCUUAUCUCGUCGGACUUUUCGAAGAUACUAAUCUGUGUGCCAUUCAUGCGAAGAGGGUGACGAUAUGCCUAAGGAUCCAGCUUGCUAGGAGGAUUAGAGGCGAGAGGGCUUAGAUUUGUUUGUUUCUCAGUUUUUUAAUGUCUAGAAUUGGGGAUCUAUGCUUUUGUUCACCUUACUGUGUUUGCUUUCUCUGCAAUUUUUCAAUAUAAAUCGGUAGAAUUGCAGUGGAUUUGUGGUUCCGUUAUUUGCCCUUGGAAUUCGAUUACUUAAACCGAAAUAGUUUCUUCAUAUUGGAUUGUC